CUUUAUGUUUCAGCAACUCCCGAAUUUGUGAUUAACAAAAAAGAAAAAAUGUCUGUGAUUAUUGCAGAAGAUAAAACCUUUCGAAAUUUUAUCCCUUUUAAUGGAUAUGGAGAAAUGCAAAUUGCUGCCGAAAUACUUGCUUGCAGAAAUGAAAAUUCACGUAAGACUGUUUCUGAUCAGGUUUUAUUUGCCACUCGUUUAUCUCUACCUAUACUACAUUUUACAAAGCUGAGAUUUCGCAGAAUAUUGGAAGAGCUUGCUAAAGACCCAAAUGGAAGGAAGGUGGCGUUGACUGCGUUAACCAAAAUUCGUCAAUUUCUUUUGAAUCAGUAA